ACACAUACAUACAAGGAAACCAGACAUCCAGACAAACAUAGGCCUACAUACUACCCAAAUGGGGUAUAAAGGGAGACAUUCAUGUGCCUGCUUAAUACCAGUCUUACAAAAUUGCUGUCUGCCCUCCUUGAUCAUGUAAGACAGGACACCUAAUUCCAGUUUCCUAACUGUAUUUUAGAUUCCCUUCUUACCGGCAUUUGAUGGCAUUCUGGGAUCUGAUUGAAGCAGCAACAACCAAAAUGGUUAGAGUAACAAGGGCAAGGAAAAACUAUGUUGCCAGCACAAUAACCGAGAGCCCAUUAACCAGACCAACGAAGCUGCUGCCAAUAGAUGAACUCUUUCUGUUCUUAACGUACCUUUCCACCGGCUGUACACAGAGGGAGCUGGGUCACAGGUUUAACAUCCAUCGAACAACAGUUAGCCGAAUUAUCGUUACCUGGGCAAACUUUCUCUACAGCCUUCUCGGGUCUAUCUGCAUCUGGAUGUCUCCUACAGCUGUUAAGGCCAGUCUUCCUCAAGCAUUUGAUGGUAACUACAGUGGCACAAACAUCAUCCUUGACUGCACUGAACUACGGUGUCAGACUCCCUCAUCUCUGCUCCUCCAGAGUGAAGUUUUCUCCACGUACAAGUCCCACUGUACUUUUAAGGCGAUGGUAGGUAUGUCCCCCCAUGGAGCCCUGACAUUUGUGUCAACGCUCUUUGAAGGGUCCAUGAGUGACCGGCAAGUCUUCCGUCAGUCGGGCAUCACAACAUUAUUAGAUCCUAACACUGCAAUAAUGGUCGACAAAGGUUUUCUUGUAGACGACCUUGUGCCAGGGACUGUGCAUCGCCCUGCCUUUGUCUCUCAGAGGGCUCAGAUGCCAGAAAGGGAUGUAUUGCAGACCCAGUCCAUCGCAAGACUAAGGGUGCACGUGGAGAGGAUGAUUAGAAGAGUGAAAGAAAACAAACUCUUUGACACUACCAUCCCUCUCUCCAUAUCAGGAAGUAUUAACCAGUUGUUCACAGUUGCUUGUUUGCUCUCGAAUUAUCAGAAUGGACCUCUGGUGAAGGCAUGGACAUUUGAAAUGUAAACUAAAGCCUGUGUAAAUAUGUCCAUGUACCCCUAUGCCUAUGUCAAUGUAAAUAU